AGUAAACGGAUAAAAAUUUAAUUAUUUUAUAGAUAACUUUCAAUGAAUGCAUAUACGCGCCCAAUGUAUUCGGAGAAUUAAAUUGACAUACGCUGGUUAUUUAUUCCAUAUGAAUUAUUAGAAGAAAAUGUUGCCCAUCUCUGCAUCGUACUUUCGUUUUGCGACGAGACGAAAAGACAACGAAUCGAACCAUAACUCGAGAAAGGAAACUCGUCGGCGUUCCAAAUAUUAUCCAAAGUUAAGUGUAUCAUUAAUUAUAAAGUUAAUGCGACAGUACAAAUUGUAAGACAGAAAAAACAAUUUUUUAGAUUAAGAAUUGUAUGUGGAGUGUUGCUACGAUAGCUUUGACUACAAUAUUGUGUUUCAUUUUUCUAGAAGUCUAACACCGUAGUCUCGUAACAUGGUUAGCUUGCGCACAUAAAUAGGUACAUAUGCGCGCACAUGUGUGUACAUAUACGUUACGUGUACAUAUAUAUAGAGCAUGUAUAAAGUACCAACAAACACUAUUUUGCAGAUGUACAUUUUUUGCAUCGAAACCUUGAAUUCGCCGACUGCAAUCGAAUUACGUAAAUGAAAAAAAUAGCUACUUCUCUAGCAUAAUCGUACCAAUUGUUUCUUCCCUUCCCCUUUUCCUCUCUCUUGCAGCAAAAUGUGUGUCAGGUUAAAAUGUGAUUCAAACAAUACUAGUAACGUAACUAUUUAUUGGCUUCAACAAUGAAUCAGUCUUAGAUGUGAAAACAUUGAAAAAAUUUGUUGCGUAUCAUCGUGAAUAUCUGCAAAAUGGUAAAAGAAAUUGAAGCAAAGUUUCAUGGUUUUGAUGUACUGCAUUACGAGGAAAAAGAAUUUUUAAAUAAAAAUGGUUUUCAUGAAAAUUGUUCAUUUUUUAUACAUAUUCUAUUUGGUUAGAAGAUGAUAGAAAAGAUUCAUCUUUACAUAUAUCGACUACAAGCCAAUUAAAUCGUCGAGCUAAAUCGAUCUCGUAGAACGGCGACCAAUAUAUACGUUAGCGAGACCAAUCGAUCAGAAAGAACGAUAUCGAUUUUCUGACGCUUGGGGAAAUUGUGAGAGACAGUGAAUUUUGGGAACGGAAAAAAGUGCGAAAAAAGCAUAAAUGUGACGUGUGUAAACCAGUGACACUAAGUUAUAGAUAAACCUACUGUAUACAAGUGAACUUUUAAAUCAGAAGAUAUCAUCAUGCACACUUCAGGAAACGUUUUCAUAACGAGUUCGUCUUCAACGGAAACUUGGACAACGUUUUCGUAUGGCUACUCUGGUAUCUUGAUCGCGAAGCGUUGGGUGCUCGCUCACGGCUCCAUAUUGACUUCUAUCGUGAACCGAUCUGGCAAGCUUUACCACCGCGUCGCCACUCUAAAUCCUGGAGAAUUAAUAUUAUUUGGAACGUCGGGGUUAGUCGACGAUUUAACUCUUCUGAUCCAUCGUGGCCGCUCAUCGAUUGAAUCAGGAAAGCUGGUGGCUGCUUGGAAGUGUCCACUUUUGAAGGACACUUUGGAGAAUUUGUUCGAGAGUUGGAAAUUUCAAGAGAAGCAAGCAUUCGAUCGCCUUUUAUUGCCGACCUUCUUAAUGAUCGAGUGCGGAGAAGAGCUGGUGUCCGAGUUUCUGGAAGAUGAAGACGAUAGAGAAACACAAAUGAAAUCGAAGAUUCAAGAAACACUGCUCCGAUUCGCGAAAGAAACUGCUGCUAGCAGACUCGUUAAAGGAUCCACCGUUGAAAUUGUGUCGACACCUUUUGGAAAUGCCUUCUUCGCCGAUACUGUGAGUCGUGGGAUCGUAGGAAAUUUACUUGGACUCGAAGAAUGCCUGAUUCUGAUGGAUGCUACCGUUUUCCCGGAAUGCGAGGGUAGUCCUGUGUAUUUGAUCGAUAAUCGCGGCUGUAAAAGUAUCCGCGGCAUGGUAAUCGCAUCGUUGAGCUGGUGCCGGGGAGAAUGGGUCGACUACACUUUCGCAGUGAAUUUGCUACCGUCGUUGAAGCAGAUCGUUCAGAGUCGAGUCAUACGAGAUGAAUCUCGAUGUUUGGCCUCUGCGGUUCUCCCUUUCACCCGAUGGAAUAAUCGCAACGACGAAAUCGAUACCCUUGAAAGAAGCGUCGUGAUAGUGAAAUGCGGACCUAAUUGGGGUACGGGCGUCCUGCUGGACGAACGGACAGGAACUUUCGUAACUUGUGCACACGUAGUUGCCGGAGCACAGGAACAGACGAUCGAGCUCGCCACGUACAUCGGGUCGGGAAAAGAUAUAUCUCACUGGUUCGCACGUGCCAAGUUGAUUUACAAAACACCACGUAAUAGGCCUUACGAUGUCGCCGUGUUAAGGAUCGACUCGAGGCGCAAAGAGCCCUCGUUGAAAGCCAUCAAGUUGGCCGAUAAGCCUUCGAACAAGGGUGAGCCAAUACUUUCGAUUGGAUUUCCAUUUUCUUCGAAAGGCAGAGCCACUGUCAGCAACGGAGUGGUGUCGAAGAUAUCCGACUGCAUGCUUCAAGCGAAUUGCUGUGCGCAAAGCGGGGCUAGCGGCGGACCUAUCGUUCGACGGGAUACGCUUGAAAUGAUAGGAAUGAUCGUCAGCAACACCGUUUCCGCGGAUGGUUCUACCUUAUAUCCGCGGCUGUGUAUGGCAAUACCUGUUACCGUUUUGAAAGGCCCGCUCAACGAGUAUUUACGAACAACUGAUCCUAAAACGCUGGAGAAGCUAACACAACGCGAUGUAAAUAUUGAAGCAGCAUGGAGCUUCCGUCCUUUUCUUUAUUCAAAUAUAUGACAUAUACAUUUUAAAUGUCUACUCUAAUCUGUUCAUCCGUAAUUGCGAGCAGAUAAGGCGAGUAGAUAACAAUGAACCUUUGAAACAGAGAGGAAACAGAAAGACGCAAACUAUGAUUGUUCAAAAACACAGCAUGUUUUAUUCUGUUUGUAUCAAAAGGUAGUCGUAAUACUUGCACUGUUUGUAUCUUUUGCUGUAAAGGUACUCUUUGGCAUUUGUUCCGCUCAAAUAAAAAGUUUCAUCCAAAUAAAGACUUCAAGAAGCCGGUCCUA